AUGAAGUCCCCGAUCCCCGAUUACCUCAACCAGGUGCUUGAGAAUGCCCGACCCAACGAUUCUGGGGCUCCGGCCAACUAUAUUGAGACGCUGGCCAAUGCCGAUACGUCUAAGAUAGCGGUCGCCCUCGCCAUGGUAGACGGCCAAAUCUACUCAGCUGGGGACGACCAGGUUGAGUUCUCUAUCCAGUCCAUCUCCAAAGCCUUCGUCUACGCAAUUGCAAUCGAAGACGCCGGCCUAAAGCGCGUGCUUGAGAAGAUCGGCGUGGAACCGUCCGGAGACGCGUUCAACAAGCUGUCGCUCGAGCGGGGUAGCAACCGGCCGAUGAACCCCAUGAUCAACGCCGGGGCCAUCACGGCGCAUUCCCUCGUCGCAGGGCCGGACGCGACAGCGAAGCAGAGGACCGAUCGCAUCUUGGAGAUCCUCUCCAAGCUGGCGGGAAGGCAGCUACAGGUGGACGAGGAGGUGUACCAGGCGGAGCUGAGGGACGCUGAUCGUAACAUGGGCAUUGGCUACAUGCUCAAGGCUGCUGGUGUCAUCCAUGGCGACCCGCGCGAGGCCGUCACCGGCUACAUUCGUCAAUGUUCCAUCAAUGUUAACGUCCGUGACUUGGCAAUGAUGGCCGCAACACUUUGCAAUGCGGGUAUCCAUCCUGUCACUGGGGAGUCUAUCAUCCCCCAAACCAGUGUCAGACAAGUAUUGUCCGUCAUGACCACUUGCGGGAUGUACGACGCCGCAGGAGACUGGGUUUCCAAUAUUGGCAUUCCGGCCAAGAGUGGUGUAGCUGGAGGCAUCAUCGGAGCAUUGCCAGGCCAGGUCGGCAUCGCCACCUUCUCCCCCAAGCUUGAUGAGCGUGGUAACAGCGUGCGAGGCGUGGUUAUAUGUGAGCAGCUGUCCCGAGACAUGGGGCUGCAUAUGAUGGACGUCAGCCAGAUCGCCGUGGCGACUGUACGCACAUUUGCGGCUACCAUAGUUGCUGGCGAGAAGGAGCCUCACCAUCCCAACUGCAACCAGGAGGUAGCCGUCUUCAGUAUGCGAGGUAAUGUUCGCUUUGCGGGUUCGGAGCGUCUUACCCGUGCACUUUCCCGCGACCUCGGCGCUCCAAACCCUGACGAUCCUGGUUCCGGCCGCUACCACAAAGUCUGUGCUGUUGUUUUCUCAUUCCGGGACGUCUUUUCCUUCAAUGCAGUGGCUCGACGGGUCAUCCAAGAAGACAUCUAUCGCCUGUUGGUGGAAACGAAGAGUGUGGUAGUCAUUGACCCCACUGAUGUUUUGCGAAUAGACCAAGAACGUGCAGGGGAGAAGCUACGAAUUGUUAAGACCGAAACCGAAGCCCGAGAGUUUAUUGGAGGAACCGGAUGCCAAACUAUUGUUAAGACCGAUAAUUGGUAG